AUGUUACGUCAUUGUGUCACGUUGGCAGUAUUGGGGUGUGUCUUGGCGGUUCCUGUGCCCCAACAUCAGUACCGACAACAGCAAGAUAUAGCUGGCAUUCCUCCACACCUACUGAGACAGUACCUAGCUGACCAACAGAACGCGGCAGCUGCACAGACACAAAUCAUACCAAGAGUACAACACGUUGCAGCUCCCAGGCCCGCACCUCAGCAACUGUACAGCGUACAAAAUGAGGCUCAAUAUCAACCUCAGCAGUACCAGGCCCAACCAAAAUACGUACAGCAGUAUCAACCACAGAGGCCUCAGGAACAACGCGAACCUGAAGACUAUGACCAGCAGUACAGACAGCAGUAUCAACCCCAGAGGCCACAGGUGCAAGCUGCCCAACCUGAAAAGGAAGACUAUGAUCAUAAUCCUUCCUACCAGUUUGGAUUUGACGUAAACGAUGACCAGUACACCAACUAUCAGAACCGCAAGGAGCAGAGAGACGGAGACGUCAUCAAGGGAUCCUACUCCGUGGUUGACAGUGAUGGGUUUAUUAGAACUGUCACCUACACUGCUGACCCUAAAGAGGGCUUCAAGGCCGAGGUCUCCAGACAGCCCACAGACAUCGUUGUCAAGAUCCCUACCCCAAAACCCCAAACGCUUCAGUACCAAGCUCAGCCUGUUGCCCACGCCGGCCACGCUGCUCACGCGCAACCUCGGCCACAGCCACAGCAACAGCAACAACUUGCCCCACAGCAAUACUACCGCUACGAACAAUAA